UUUUCUCACUGCCGGACAUAGCUUUUUGCCCCGGCGGCGCCCAUGCGCUGAAGCGGCUGCGGCUUCGCAGCGCGACAAAACAUGCCCUUCCAGACCUGCCGCGGCGGAGGGGACUUCCUCUGGGAGCGCCACGCGGGCGGCGCUGGCUCUGCCUUCGCGGAGGCGGAGGAGGAGCUGGGCGCCGAGCGCUUCGGCGGUGCGCUGGAGAAGGGCCAGAAGGCGGUCCAGGCGUUCCGCGCCGCCAGCGACCCCAACGGCGUCCACGACGCCGUGCGCUUGGUGGUGAAGGCGUUGGUGGGGCUCCAGCAGCACGCGCAGGCGCAGGAGUUGGCCAAGGCGGAGCUGGCCAAAUGCCGGGAGGCCGGCCAGCGCCUGGGGGAGGCCAAGAUGCUGAUGUCCCUGGGAGAGGCGAGCCUGGCCAAGGAGGGCAAGGCCAAGGCAGAGGCAGUGAGCUCUUUGAAGGAAGCGAGGUCUAUUUGCCGGAACCAGAACAACAAGGAGUGGGAGGUGAAGGCGCUCCUGACCUUGGCCUGGGUGAACAUGGCGCGGACGGAGGACCUGGGUGCGGUGGAGACCGCGCUGAAGAACGCCAGCGAGGGGCGAGACAUCACCCAGGAGUUUGACAACAAGCGCUUGGAGGCGGAGUGUUUGUACGCCAUGGCGGAGGCGAGGGGCCUGGUGAGCUCCCCGGACGACGCGCUGGACGCGGCGGACGAGGCCAUGGACCUCUUCCUGGAGCUCCGGGACAAGCGUAUGGAAGCCCUGGUGCUUUUGAAGAUGUCGGAGUGGAACCUGAAGCUCGGGGACCAGGCCCGGGCCUUGUCGGACGCCGAGGACGCCCUGGAGAUCUACCAGAUGCUGCAGUCCCCAAAGGAGGUGAAGGCGCUACGGGCGGUCUUCGACGCCCACCUGGCGCGGGGGGACCUCCGCAAGGCGCGGCUCGUGGCUGCGGAGGCGCUGCGCCACUUCCGGGAGCUCGGGGACAAGCCCGCGCAGGUGGAGGCGGUGCGGAUGCUGGUGGAGCUCUACGUGAAGGCCAACCGCGUGGAGGAGGCCUUGACCGCGGCCAAGCGCGGCAUCACCGUGUGCAAGGAGCUGGGGGACGUGGCUUCCCAGGCUUCGCUGAUGCUGACGGUGGCCCGGGCGCGGCUGAGGAUGGCGCAGAUGGACAAGGCCAUCGCCAUCGCCCGGGAUGCCUUCGCCAUGCUCAAGAAGAUCCCGAGCACGACGCAGCGCAUCAGCGAAGACAAGGUGGAGGCGAUGCACGUGCUGAUCGAGGCGAACUAUCACAUGGGCCACAAGGACGAGGCAAUGGACUUGGCGCUGGAGUUCAAGGAGAAGUUCGAGGAGGAGCCCCGGGACCCCCGCGCCUUGGGCCACGCGCUGCUGAUCACCGCCACCUUGGAGUUCAAGCGCGGGGACGUGGAGGAGGCAGCAUCGCACAAUUCCAAAGCCCAGGCGCUCUUCAGCGAGGAGUCGGACAUCUCGGGGGAGGCGGAUGCGCUGAAGAUGCAGGCGGAGAUCCACUGGAAGAAGAACGAGUUCAAGUCGGCCAUCCGCUUCGCCGAGAAGGGCCGAGUCCAGUACCGCGAGCUGGGCAAGCACGAGGGGGAGAUCGCGUGCAUGUACAUGGUCUCUGAGAACGCGGUGCGCUUGGCUGUGAAGGAGGGUGCGCGGAUCUUCAGCGAGGAGCCGAUGCCGCGGCAGGCGCGGGACGCGCUGGAGAAGGGCAUCAAGCUGGCGGAGUCGGGCAUCAAGCUGGCGAAGAAGGAGGGCCUGGCCACGGCCCCGGAGCUCAUGGGCUCGCUGCUCUGCGCGCGGGCGCAGGGCCUCACGCUCAAGGCGCGCUUUGAGGAGGCAUUGGCCUGCGCGGACGAGGCUGUGCUCAUCUACCGGGACCUCAUGUGUUAUCAGCUGGAGGCCAAUGCCUUGAUGUUGGCCUGCGACAACUUACGUGCACUGCAGAAGGUCAAGGAGGCGGCGGAGGCGGCGGACGAGGCCCUGGCGCUGUACCGGCACGUGGGGGACACUGCGGGGGAGAACUUGGCGCUGGAGGUGAUCGCUACCUUCCAGGAGUUCAUGCAGCAGCAGGCCCCUCAGUUUGUGCCGCCGCCGCCGGGCGCCGCUCCGGCGGCCCCGGGGCAAGUGCCAGUGUGGCAGCAGCAGCAGCAGGACGGCGGGCCGCCGGAGGCGGUGGCGAAGGGCCCGGCGGCGCCGCGGGGGCCCGCGGGCCCGGCGCUGGACGUGAAGUCGGGGCUCAGCUUGGAGGUGGUCACCAGCAAGGUGCGGGAGAUCGCGCUGCGGAUCACCGGCGCGGACGAGGAGGAGGUGGAGGUGGACACGCCGCUCAUGGAAGCGGGGCUCACCAGCAACUCCGCCAUCAUCAUGCGCGACGAGCUGUCCCAAGCCUUGCCCGGGGUGCAGCUGCCGGUGACUUUGGUCUUCGACUACCCCUCGGUGUCCGCCAUGACGGAGUUGAUCAUGCAGUCCACCGGCGGCGGGGCCAUCGGAAACUGAGAGGGAGAGGCCGUGCCCUCGGAGUGCGCGAGCGGCAAAAAACGGCCAGGGGCGCGACACAGCGCCCGUGAGCUGUCCGGCUGCCAAGCGGGGGCCAAAAGACGACUUGUUAGUAUUGGGG